GGGCAGGAGGAUUAGGUGUUCUAUUUAUUCAGUGACUGGCAAGGGCUCAGAACUAGACAGGAGCCAGGACACCUGAGUUCAGUUCCUGGCCAACCCAGCCUCCUUCUUGGUCUUCAAGCUUACCCAUGUUGGAGUGGAGGGGGAGGGAGGGGUUGGUUGUAGACCUCAAGCUUCCCGGCCCUAGGGCUGUUGAUGAUGACUUCACCACGUAAUCUAGCUUAGUGCACUAGGAGUCUGAUGGUCAAAGGGGUCUCACAGUAAGGAAAUGCUAGAGCCAAGACUAGAACCCAUAUAGGUGAUCUCCGUGUAGAACGGGUCAAUCAGCCUCAGAUAUGCGGAGGCUGCAGAAGUACAGUGGCAGAGCUAAAGAGGUUGCCCAAGAACCUAGGAAUCUGUGCUCCAGCCCUGGCUGGACAGAGGGAUUUGGAAACGGGGAUCAUUGAGCCCCUUCUUCUGCCACCUCUACUUGAUUUCCUGCUCAGUCACUGAAUCUGGUUUGGGUGGAAAGUAUCAUUCCUCGUUAAAGACAUUUAACAAUGAGUGGAAUUUUAUCCCAGGGCUCAAGAGUAGGUUACAAUAGUUCUGCUUUUGUGUGAGGGCCUCUAUCACAACUCGCUAUAGAGUGAGUCCAUGUGGAAAUGUGAAGGGGCUGAAUUCUGAAAUCCAAAUGCUUCCUCAGCCAAAGCACCAAUGCUAAAAUAUUUUUAGAGGCAGAAUAAAAAAGAAUGAAAAAUUGCCGUUUAAAACAACAUGGAUGGACCUAGAGGGUGUUAUGCUAAGGCACAGGCCAUGAAAAGGAAUGACAUCAUUGACUUCAAGGCUUUGGAGAAAGAGCUGCAGGCUGCACUCGCUGCUGAUGAGAAGUACAAACGGGAAAAUGCUGCCAAGUUACGGGCAGUGGAACAGAGGGUGGCUUCCUAUGAGGAGUUCAGGGGUAUUGUCCUUGCAUCACAUCUGAAGCCGCUGGAGCCGAAGGACAAGAUAGGAGGAAAGAAGACUGUGCCCUGGAACUGUCACACUAUUCAGGGAAGGCCCUCCCAGGAUGAAACCACUGAAAUCUCCCCGGAGAAAACACGCCUCCAGCCCGAGACCUCGGCUGAGUUCUACCGUGAUUGGCGGCGAUACUUGCGGAGUGGGUCAGAGCGCUACGAGGCCCUGCUGCAGCUCGGGGGCCCAAAGCUGGGCCGCCUCUUCCAGAUGGAUGUGGGGUUUGGACUCCUAGGGGAGAUGCUGAUGGCGCUGGCUGAUCACGUGAGGCCAGCUGACCGGUGGGUGGUGCUGGGAAUCCUGCGCAGCCUGGCCGGCACCGGCCGCUUCACCCUGAACCUGAGCCUGAUGAGCCAUGCGGAGAGAGAGAGCUGCAGAGCCUUGUUUCAGAAGUUGCAGGCCAUGGGCACCCCCAGCCUGGAGGGGCGGGAUCUGGGGGAGCAGCCUGGUGGGCUUCAGGAGGAGGAGAGUCUUCUGCAAGAGCUGCUGAGGCUGUACCAUGUGGACUGAUGGGAGCAGUUACCUUCAGAGGCCCCCAGUGGUCACUGGAGGCGUUUUUCGUUGUCUCGAGGGCUCUGCAAGACUGUAGUGAAGAGCCCACACCUAACUCCCUCUGGUCUUGGGAGUUUCACAACAAAAGCAGUAACUGAAUUUUCCCUUUUCCUCCAGCCUCUUGGGGGCUCCAUAUUCUGAACUGUUAGAUCCACAGGAUGGUCAAGGGCCCAAGAAGUUGAAAGACGUUUGCUUCCCACCCUUAGAGUCUGCCAGUCUGCUAGCCCAUGGCCCUGAGAGGUGGGUGAGCACCCAACCAAACACCGGUACCACCAGUUAUAGCCUCCACUCAAAAAAAGGAAAAAGCAAAAUUGUUAAUCUUCCAUGAUAAAUUAAUACUGAUCUCCAUAGCUCUUAACAAGAGUAUUUGUAACUGGAAACCAACAGAAUGGACAUUUAAUCAAUAAACGAUCAAAUGCUACCUCAUUUGAGGUGCAGUAUUUUUCUCUAGCUCCAGGGGCUGAGUUCCCGUGCAGGUUGGGCCUGGGAAAACCCCAAGCCAUCAGCUCAGGCCUGGCCAGCCUCCCAGGCAUCUUCAGGUGGCCAGAUGUGCAGGUAGGAGGGUUGCCUUCAACUCCUGGAUUAACCAAAGGGAGGACCUUUCCACCGGGCAGGCAGGGCAGGGCCUGGAACAGAGAGGCAGAGAUUCCCCUGUCCUGGUACCUGGGCCCUUGCUUCUUAUUCUGGCUUCCCCUGACCCAUUCUUGAGUGAGUGCCAGUGUUCUAGAAAGGGGACAAAGGGCCAGGUUCUAGAAUGGUUUUCCCUCAAGAUCACGUCCGGAACGUUAGAAGGGCAUCUUGUACAUCCACUGGGAAUAAAUUGCCUU